UUUAUCCUCAUCAGUUGGAAUGUCCUCAACUUAACUUCAUUAUUUUGGGUGAUAAAGAAAAUUCUUUGCAGAUUCCUAAUCACAUUUUUGAAGGGGCAAAAAAUUUAAAAGUUUUAGUUUUGAUGAGAGCAAGUCUCCCACUUCCUUCAUCCCUUUCACUUCUUCAGAACCUCCAGACAUUGGCUUUGCUUGAGUGCGAGUCAGAAGACUUGGCUUUAAUUGGAGAAUUGAAGAAUUUGAAAGCUCUUGUCCUAGUUGAUUCCGAGAUUAAGAAGUUACCCAUAGGAUUAAGGCAAUUGACUCAGCUUCAAUUGUUGGAUUUGAGAAGGUGCACCGAACUUGAAGCCAUUCCAUCAAAUGUAUUAUCAAAUUUAAAAAAUUUAGAAGAAAUACACAUGAAUCGGAGCUUUAAUCAAUGGCAGGUUGGCGGAGAAAUUACAGAAAGAAGCAAUGCUAGAGUCUCAGAGUUGGAUCAUUUAUUACACUUGACCACAUUAUGUAUACAUAUUCCGAAUCCCAAUAUUAUACCAAAUGCCUUACUUUUUGAUAAGUUGGUAAGAUAUGAAAUAUUAAUAGGCCCUAAUUGGGAUUGGGAUAGUAAUAGUCGUGUUGAGUUUGAAAUCUCAAGAACAUUGAAAAUUGACCUUGAUAGAAGCUUACAAGAAGAGGAUGGAAUUAAAAUUUUAUUGAAAAGUUGCGAAUAUCUCACUUUGGCUCCUGGGAAGGGUAUUAAAAAUAUUCUUUCUGAAGUUGAUAAGGAAGGUUUUCCACGAUUGAAGCAUCUUUAUGUUCAAAACAGUGUUGAGAUUCAAUACAUCAUUGAUUCGAUAUGUGUUGCCUUUCCGGUUUUAGAGUUACUUUCUCUAGUCAAUAUGACCAAUUUGGAAAAUAUAUGCCAAAACCAACUUGCAAUGGGGUCUUUCCACAACUUGAGAAAGUUAAAAAUAAGAAAAUGUGAUAAUUUGGUAUUUGUCUUCUCCCCAACCUUGCUCAGAUGCUUUUCGAAACUCCAAGAAAUAGAGAUUGAGGAUUGCAAGGUAAUGAGUGCAAUUGUUGCAGAGGAAAGAAAUCAUGGGAUACAGGUCAAUGAUGACAUCACUACAGAUACAAUUGACUUCCCUCAAUUGCGUUCUUUAAAUCUGAAAAGAUUACCAAAUUUAAAGGGCUUUUGUUCUAAUGUUGAUUCUCAACCACUUUUCAACAAAAAGGUUGCAUUUUCUAACUUGGAGAAUCUACACAUCGAUGCCAUAUAUAAGCUGAAGAUGUUGUGGCACAAUCAACUCGAUUCAGACUCUUUUUGCAAGCUAAAACAAUUGCGUGUUGAUGACUGUGAAAAUCUAAUAAACAUUUUUCAGCCUAAUAUCUUGAGCAGACUCCAGAAUCUUGAAGAUUUGCAGAUAAGAAAUUGCAAUUUAUUAGAAGAGGUAUUUGAAGUUCGAGGGAAAAAUGUUGAUGAAAGAUGUGAUAUGGUGGUAUCCACUCAGUUCAAAGUCUUGAAGUUCAUCAAUCUACCGAAUCUUAAGCAUGUAUGGUCUUCAUGUCCCCAAGCAAUUUUAACAUUUCAAGAUCUGCAUGAAGUUGAAGUUUCUAACUGUAAAAGUAUGAAAAGUCUCUUUCCAGCUUCAGUGGCCAAAAGUCUUAAACAACUUAAGAAGCUAAAAAUACACGAUUGUGGAUUGGAGGAAAUUGCUGCUAUGGAAGAAGGAUUGGAAACAGUGACUAAGUUUGUGUUCCCACAACUAGUCUCUCUAAGUCUUCAAUUGAUGCCUGACCUCAAGUGUUUCUAUCCAGGAAAACACACUAUAGAGUGGCCAUCACUGAAACAGUUGAUGAUACUCAAAUGCGACAAAGUGAAGAUUGUUGCUUUGAAUGAAUUAAGCUUCCCAAAUACAGAUGGGUUGGGCCAUGUUCGGGUUCAGCAGCCCUUUUUCCAGAUGGAAAAGGUUGCAUUUUCUAAUUUGGAGAAUAUAUGCAUCAGUGACAAAGAUAACCUGAAGAUGUUGUGGCACAAUUAUCAACUCGUUCCAGAUUCCUUUUGCAAACUAAAAAAGUUAGGCAUUGCAAGAUGUAAAAAUCUAAUGAACAUUUUUCCGCCUAAUAUGUUGAGAAGACUCCAAAAUCUUGAAAAUUUGGAGAUAAGGGAUUGCAAUUCGGUAGAAGAGGUAUUUGACAUUAGGGGGGUAAAUGUUGAUGAAAUAUGUGAUACGAUAUCCAAUAAGUUGAGAGUCCUGACGCUAUUCAAUCUUCCAAAGCUUAAGCAUGUAUGGAGUUUGGAUCUCCAAGCAAUUUUGAUAUUUCAAAAUCUACAUACUAUUAAAGUUUCUAACUGUAAAAGUCUGAAAAGUCUUUUUCCAGUCUCAGUGGCCAAAAAUCUUGAACAACUUCAGUGGCUAGAAAUAUUCGAUUGUGGAUUGGAGGAAAUUGUUGCUAUGGAAGAAGGAUUGGAAACAGUGACUAAGUUUGUGUUCCCAAGACUAUUCUCUCUAUGUCUUUUUUCGUUACCUGAACUCAAGUGUUUCUAUCCAGGAAAACACACUUCAGAAUGGCCAUCACUAAAUUAUUUGUGCAUAUCUGAAUGCAACAAAGUAAAGAUUUUUGCAUCAAAUGAAUUAAGCUUCUCAGAUACAAACGAGUUGGGCCAUCAUGUUCCAGUUCAGCAACCCCUUUUUCUGAUUGAAAAGGUUGCAUUUCCUAACUUGGAGUAUAUACACAUCACUUUCAUGGAUAACCUGAAGAUGUUGUGGCACAAUCAUCAACUUGUACCAGAUUCCUUUUGCAAACUAAAAAAGUUGCUUGUUGGCGGAUGUAAAAAUCUAAUUAACAUUUUUCCGCCUAAUAUGUUGAGAAGACUCCAAAAUCUUGAAGAAUUGAAGAUAGGGAAUUGCAAUUAUGUAGAAGAGGUAUUUGAAAUUAGAGAGGUAAAUGUUGAUGAAAUUUGUGAUACGGUAUCCACUCAGUUGAGAGUCCUGUGGUUAUUCAAUCUUCCAAAGCUUAAGCAUGUAUGGAGUUUGGAUCUCCAAGCAAUUUUGAAAUUUCAAAAUCUACGGACUGUUGAAGUUUUUAAUUGUAAAAUUCUGAAAAGUCUUUUUCCGGUCUCGGUGGCCAAGAGUCUUGAACAAAUUGAGAGUCUAACAAUACAUGGUUGUGGAUUGGAGGAAAUUGUUGCUCUGGAAGAAGGAAUGGAAACAACAAUUAAAUUUGUGUUCCCACGAAUAACCUCUCUAUAUCUUGAAUCACUGCCUGAACUCAAGUAUUUUUAUCCAGGAAAACACACUUUAGAGUGGCCAUCGUUGAAAAGGUUGAGGAUAAAGAAUUGUGACAAAGUGAAGAUGAUUGCUUCGAAUGAGUUAAGCUUCCAAGAAAGAGAUGAGUUGGGGCAUCAUGUUCAGAUUCAGCAGCCCCUCUUUCCAAUUGAAAAGGAUACAUUGUCUAACUUGGAAGAAUUGAAAUUAAAUUGGGAUGAUACCAUAAAUCAGGCAUAUGAUCGAUUAAAAACACAGUUCUCUUGCAAACUAAAAGUCCUCGGGCUGUACAACAAAGAUAGGUCAACAGCAUUCCCUUGGGUAUUUGUUCAAGGAUUGUACAAUCUUAAGGAGCUUCACAUCUCUAAUUUUUUCUUGGAAGAAAUUUGUCCAUGUGGAAUUGUCGAUAACGAAGGACAAUAUGCUGAGAUGUUCGAACGUUUGACAACUUUACAUCUAUCUAAAAUGCCCAAGUUGAUGCAUUUGUGGAAGGAAAACUCUCAACAAGGUAGGGGCAUUCAAAAUUUGGAGUCUCUACAUGUAUCAUAUUGCGGCAAAUUAAAAAAUUUAGUACCAUCCUCAAUGUGUUUACGAAAUUUAUACACUUUGAAAGUAUCGGAAUGUCAUGGGUUGAUUAGUUUAGCAACUUCCUCAACCGUCAAAAGUUUGGUCCAACUCAAAGAAUUGAGUUUAUUUGGAUGCAAAAGAAUGAGAGAAAUAGUCACAAACGAGGGAGAAGGUGACGCAGGAGAUGAGAUUUGUUUCAAUCAAUUGAAAUAUUUGUGGCUUUAUGAUUUACCCACUCUGGGAAGCUUCUUCCACUUGGAUAAUCGCACCAUAAAAUUCCCGUCAAUGGAAUCUCUAUAUGUGGCCCGAUGCCCGGAAUUGAAGAUCUUCUCUAAUGGAGUCCUAAGCAUGCAGAAGCUAGAGCGUGUUGAACUGGACGGAAACUAUUGGUCGGCAUACCAAAGAGGACUGUUCCCGGUGGAAGAUGUGAAUACCUUCAUAAAAAGAUGUUGGGAGAAAAACAAUGAUCCAUGCUUAAGACAACUAUUCACUCAGAAGAUCAAUACAAGCACAAGUGAAGCCAGAGAGGAAAAUGAUGUUGAUGACUUGGAGGAUGACUCAGUGUAAGAUUCAAGUAAGGGGAGACAAGAAAACGCUGGUGAUAGCUUUGGAGGAUGACUCAAUAAGAUUCAAGUGAAAAUGGAGAGAAAAAUAUUUAAAAUGACUUCGAGAAUGACUCAAAAGAAGAUUGAUCUUUUAAUUUAUUAAUGAUUGAUUUCUAGAACAAUAUAACUUUUAUUGUUGAACGAGUGAUGUAGUGUUUUUUGUUUUUGGUUGUGAUGUUAGAGUUGUAGACAUUAUUGGAUGGAUCAAAAAGUUUGCCUUAAUGAAUUGGUGUGUUAUGGAUAA